GCCUCGAUACCUCACUGUGGUGGUGAAGGCUUGGUCAUGGUCCAAGGCGCUGGUAUCGUAUUGUCUCGCAGACUCGGCAUGGCCUCCUAAGCCCACGGCUCUUGUUGCUUGUUUCCAGGCCAUGUUGUCCCAGCUGGGGUGGCGUUCGACAGCCUCUGUCGGCCUCGAGAUCAUCGUCCUGGCAUCAUCUUCGAGGCGAGCCCAAGCGGUAGCAAACUUUGUCUCGGGAGGGAUCGCACCGACCAGGCGCAUGGUCGAACGAACAAGGGGCGAUUGGCAGAAGCGAGAAAGACGGAUCUUCCGUGAUCGACGAAGGAAGUGGGCAGGUCCUCCUGUCAGAUGAUGGGCAUCUUGUGGGAGUUCGCUCGGCUGAGGCUGCAAUUGCGAUGAUUAGAG